AUGAAGAGCUCGGUAUUCACCGUCGCUGCGGUGACAGCGGUACUUCACGUAUCUGCCAGUCCAGUCCCCGUUCCUAUCGCGACCAAGGUGUGCCGUUUUGAUGAGCACCCCGACGCUAGCGAUCUUGAAGCGGCGAUUCCCCUAUCCAGGCGCCAAAGCACAUGGAACCCCCCCUCGAACCUUGUGACGCCUCUCCAGCAGGUAUGGGACCACCAAAUGUCGACAUACAACGACCCACUCGGCUUCAAGAACUAUGGUUACGACCAGAUCAUGGCCAACAAAGGCCAUCUCAAUUUCUGCGUCCGCUGGGAAAGCUCACAGCCCGUCACUGCUGCCCAACGUGCGGCCGUUGAGAAGGCUUUGCAGCAGUCCGUCAACAAAUGGACAGACAGCCUCGCAGGCUUUGAUGGGUUCCCGUACUCGUCCAUACCGGUCAAAGUGCUGGGGCCCCGGAAUGUGAUCCCCGUUGUGGACGCUUCUUCCAUCAAGAUGGGAACUAUGAAUCUUGCGCCGGCGGUGCUGCUAGACAUUAUGUCGGCCUAA